CCUAGACCUCGGGUCCGGUUGUGCCCACCCCGGCCUGACGGUGAGUCGAGUCGCGACGUGUUGUGCUUCUCGCUCGUCAUGAUCUCAACCGAGGCCUCGACGUCGGAAUGGCCGCUCAGAUAUGGAUAACACUUGAAAGAGCCAAGACAUGAGCUCAGCAGGGCGGUCAUGAACGGGACCGAAGAGAACCCGGAGACUCUCAGGUACCCGGUUCCCGUCACUGUAUUCCUCUGUGUCGCCUACACGACUGUCUUCGUGGUGGGUGUCACCGGCAACUGCCUCGUGGUCACUGUCGUCUACCGCAGUCCUCGUAUGCGCUCUCCGACCAACCUCUUCAUCGCCAACCUCGCCUGUGCAGACCUCCUCGUCAACGUCAUUUGUCUUCCCUUCACCCUCAUCAGCAACGUCAUGGCAGCCUGGACUAUGGGAUGGCUUCUAUGCAAGACGAUCCCGUACCUGCAAGGAGUUUCUGUGAAUGCUUCCAUCAACACUCUCGUGGCCAUCUCCGUAGAACGAUGCUUGGCAAUCUGCUAUCCUCUCCGGUGGCAAAUGACUUCCAGAGCUUGCAGAACGGCCGUGCUUAUCAUUUGGAUAUUCUCUCUCACUAUCACUCUUCCUUGGGCCGUCUUCUUCAAGCUCCAGACUCUCUACGAGGGCAGCGACUUUGAGACAUGCUUGGAGUCUUGGCCUACACCGUACAGCGAGAACGUCUAUUUUGUGGUGGCGAAUCUGGUGAUGUGUUAUCUGCUACCGUUGUGUCUCAUCAGCGUCUGCUACUUCCUCAUCUGGCGUCGGGUAUGCUGUCGCACCCUGCCUGGCGAACCUCAUGGCAACGGAAACAAUCUGAUACACCGGUCGAAAGUCAAGGUCAUCAAAAUGUUGCUGGUCGUCAUCAUCCUGUUCGCCUGCUCGUGGCUUCCUCUCUACGUCAUUUUUACCAGGAUCAAGCUGGGCGGACCUAUCGUUCCUGGAGGAGUUGAAGAGUCGCUGAUCGACAAUUUGCUGCCGUUCGCUCAAUGGUUGGGGGCGUCCAACUCCUGUAUCAACCCGAUCCUCUAUGCCUUCUUCAACAGAAAGUUCCGCGCGGGCUUCAGAGCCAUCUUACACUCCGGGUCCUGUUGCACCCCACUCUACUACGACACGUGCAGUGAUAUUCGUACCCUCAGUGGGAAGGACUCACUCAUGUUUAGGAGUACUAAGAUCAAGAAAGGACCGAUCAGGAGAUCGAAAAAUCGAAUGACAAUUUCUUCCGGAUCCUCGUUCGUGAUUAGACCACUGAAAUGUAAAAUAGAUGCUAAAAACAGUUCUAGAGCGAUGUCCUUGCGGACCCCGGUUAACAACGUGCGGAGACUGAGUGCAAGUGCGGACAACAUCAGACAGGAAGACAACGAAGGAAUUAAAAACAGACACGGAACUUUUGUCUGAAUCGUUCUCGAGUAGAUUCGAGCUAAAGUCUGUCGAGGUCGUAACAAGCCUCGAUGUUCAAGAGAUGAUCUCUUUGAUUGCUGCUGGUCAGCUGACAGAAUAUUAAUACGAUAUUUCUCCUGUUUGUGCGUACAAUGUGUGUCUAUCUUAAAUAACAUGUCCGUGUUUACUAUCUGUGUGGGGUAGUCGGGUACUUCUAAACAAGCAGAAGAACAAACUUAUCAUUUGGUGAAGCAUACACUAGCCACUAGAAAGAUACGUGUGUUUGCAAACUUCUAGUCAGUAAUAUUGUAAGAGUGCAACAACAUUUAAAAAAAUUUCAGUUUACUGGCUGUGGACGGAAGGGAUUUCAUAGAUAUCUUAGGGAGAGUUGAGCUGUUCCUUCAUGCACUGGACAACAUUUGUAUAUAGUCAAGUUUUGAGUGUAGGCUAAAUAUUUUAUAUUAUAUUACUCUUUUAUACUGGCCGAGAGCUUAUACAAGGAUGUUACAGCUUUGUAUACUUUAUACUAAUCAUAUGAUAUAUAUUUGUUAAUCAUGUCAUAAUAAAAUAUUGUUGAAGUGUUA